AUGGGCGCACUGUUGUCGGUGCCGUUUUUGGCGAUGCCUGCCAUGGGCACGGUUUGGAGCGUCGCCGCCUCCUGUUGUGGCGCGGCGACUUGCAGCGCCGUCAUGGGCUCUUGCGGAGGAAAGUGUGGGAAUAGCAUCGCGACCCGUAUCGCAUACGCGCUCAUUCUUCUCAUCAACUCAAUCGUUUCAUGGAUCAUGCUCACCGACUGGGCCAUGAAGAAGCUUGCCCACUUGACGCUGGAUUACGUCGACAUCAAAUGCCACGGGGAACAGUGCUACGGAUACGUCGCGGUGCAGCGCAUCAACUUCGCUCUCGGUUUCUUCCACGUUCUCAUGGCACUAAUGCUCAUCGGAGUACGGUCUUCUAAGGACGGUCGCGCAACUAUCCAGAACGGUUUCUGGGCCCCCAAGAUUCUCGGAUGGAUUGGAAUGAUUGUCUUGACCUUUUUCAUCCCGAACUCGUUCUUUAUCGUCUGGGGCAACUACUUCGCCAUGGUCGGCGCCUGCCUGUUCCUCCUCAUUGGACUCAUCCUGCUCGUGGAUCUGGCGCACAACUGGGCCGAGUACUGCCAGGAAAAGAUUGAAACCACCGAGUCGCGCGUUUGGACAGGCAUGCUUGUGGGUAGUGCCAUUUCCAUGUACCUGGCUUCAUUUGCCAUGACUAUUGUCAUGUACAUCUUCUUCGCCAAGAGCGGAUGUGGCAUGAACCAGGCAGCCAUCACUAUUAACCUCAUUUUGCUUCUGAUCUCAUCCGUCGCUUCAAUCCACCCCGCUGUACAAGACGUAAACCCCCGAGCAGGUCUCGCGCAAUCCGCCAUCGUCGCCGUCUACUGCACCUACCUCACCCUGUCGGCCGUGGGCAUGGAACCCGACGACCACCAAUGCAACCCACUUAUCCGCUCCCGCGGCACCCGCAAAGCGACCAUCAUCAUCGGUGCCAUUGUCACAUUUGUCACAGUAGCCUACACCACGACGCGCGCCGCAACUUACGGUCUCGCUCUCGGUGCCCAAGGUAACCCACACGGCAACGGCUACGCCCAAGUCGGCACUGAAGACUAUGAGCACGGUCUUGUUACCCAGCAGCCUGAGUCCCGCCGCGACAUGCGCCAAGCCGCACUCCGCGCCGCCGUAGAAUCCGGUUCCCUCCCCGCCUCGGCCCUCGACGACUCCGACGAUGAUUCCGACGACGACGAGCCCUCGAACAAAAAGAACCCCCGCGACGACGAACGAAAUGCCACACAGUACAACUACACCCUCUUCCACAUCAUCUUCUUCCUCAGCACAACCUGGGUCGCUACACUGCUCACCACAAACUUUGACGAAAAAGAUGUGUCACACAGUUUCGUCCCUGUCGGUCGCACAUACUGGGCUAGCUGGGCCAAGAUUAUUAGUGCGUGGGUGUGCUAUGGCAUUUACACUUGGACGCUCGUUGCGCCGCUUGUCCUGCCCGAUCGGUUCGAUUAUUAG